GUUUUUGGUGGAGAACUGAAGCAUGUAUCGUUACGUCUUUCUCCUCUUUAGUGUCUCUAUGGCUGCUGGGAUGGAAAGUGGCAUUAUAGGUGGAAAAGAGGCUGAACCUCAUUCUAGACCAUACAUGGCCUCUCUUCAGCGUAAUGGACAUCACACUUGUGGAGGGAUGCUGAUCAGAGAGGAUUUUGUAUUAACUUCAGCCCAUUGUUUAAAUCGCAGUGAUUAUUCUGGUCAGAAACAUUUGGAAGUCGUUCUGGGAGCCCACAAUAUCAGUCAGAAAGAAAAAAGCCAACAAAGGAUCCAAGUUAAAAAAUACAUCCGUCAUCCAUUGUUUGAAAAUCAGAACAAUGUUAAAGACUACAGCUAUGAUAUCAUGCUAUUAAAACUGAAGACGAAAGCCAGGCUGAAUACAUUUGUGGAAGUAAUUCCUCUACCAAAGAAAAAUGAAAAAACACUAGCCCUUGUGAAAUGCUCCAUUGCUGGUUGGGGCAUGAAGAACAAAAAUGAAAUAAAGCCAUCAAGUGUGCUGCACGAAGUCUCUCUCAAACUGCAGUUCAGCUCUGAAUGUAAAAUCAAGUGGCAGGAGUCAUUCAGUUCUGAAAGAAAUAUCUGUACUAUCUCAGAUGGGAUAAGAGCUUUCUGUCGGGGUGACUCUGGUAGUCCUCUUGUUUGUGAAUCUGAACUUCUAGGAAUAGCUGCAUACACGUAUCCUAAUGACUGCACAAAGAAGGAUUACCCUGAGGUCUUUGUUAAAAUACCUGCCUUCCUUGCUUGGAUCAAAAAAAAGAUGAAGUGAUAAAAUAGACUAUUAUGUUAAAUACAUUUAGGCACCAAAAUAAUGCAUCAUGAAAUGUGUGUUAUAUAUUUCAUAUUACAUAGCUCUGAUGUAAUGCUUGUAUUUGUAAACCUUUGAAAAAAAAUAUAUAUUUUAAAUAGUUUUUCACCCAGUGACCUUCUGAUAUCACUGAAAUGCUUGACACAGUUACAGUUUUGUGUACUUAUGAACAGGCAGUGCAGAGACUGUCAUGUUUGACACAUAUAUUAUGCUUUAAAUUUAUUAAAUAGCAUCAACUUCCUGUGCCUGAUUGCAAAUAAACACUGUGUACUUUGA